GUGUUAUUAAUAUAGCGCCGAUCGUAUAACGGCACCAUGAUGUCCUUCAUGACGCGACACUUCAAGCCAUAUUGCUGGAUCUGCUUAGUUUCUGGACUUACGAUUUUCCAGAAACUUCUAGCAACAGACGAUCAUCAGACGAAGAUGAUUUGGAAAGCUUUCCACCUAUUUUACGCCAUCAUCUGCUUUCUCCUUUUCAUACUGAUUAAUGUCUUGUUUUUCUAUCAGAUGACUCUAACGUUCUUGAUGGAUGUUCACAUUUUCACCAGAUGGCUCUUCAUUCCCGUUUUUACUGUCGUCAGUUUCAAGGUGGUGCUGAACGUUCUGUGUAUUGCCCUUAAGUGGCACCACCUCUUCGAUUUCUUCAAGAAAUCGGCGAGCUACGAGACUUCGGUAAAUUUUGUGCCACCAGUGUGUUGCCGGCGAACCAAAAGCUGCUAUGUCAUACGACUUAUGCACUGUCUUGCAUUUGUUGGAAACUGUGGCCAUUUGCAGCCACCUCCAUUGCUGGCUUCAUCGACUACCUCCAGUAUAGUGGUAUCCAAGGCAUCGUGCUGAAGGUAUCCUGCGUCGCCGGUAACUUCAUCUUCUACGUGUACCAAAUGGUGGACUUCGUUGUUUUGAGACCUUGUCUAGAGGUUCUGCUGUUGUACAUUCGGCAGCAGUACGAGGUUGUUCGAUGCAUGAUCGACGGCGGUGGUAGCACGGUUUUCGUGAAUCCAGCUAGGAAAGUUGAAGAGGUGAGAAUGAACCUGUGUGCUAUAGCGCUGCUUAAGCAGCAGCUGAACUGCAUUUGGCGGUGGUCCAUCAUGGCCUCCGGUGCAGUCGUUCUCCUAUUCGCAUGUAGCUUCACAUAUUCGGCGUUCGUAGAGGGGUUUUCAACGCUUCAGUCUCUGGUCGGCAUGAUCUAUACUAGUUUGUUGGUCCUUGACCUUCUGGACAUUGCCGGAUUGAGCCAGGAAAUGGUCAACGAGUUGCGAAGCAUGCGACAAACUCUUCAAAGCGCUCCAACCUGCCUGCAAAGCGGGGCUUAUUUUACUCAGAUAAGCUAUCUGCGAGAUACCAUAAAGCCUAAGGAGAUGGCUAUAUCCGGAGCCGGGUUCUUCUCGUUAAAUCUGCCUUUGAUUGUUUCGCUCGCAGGGUCAGUCAUCACUUACACUGUCAUUCUAGUGCAAACAAGCGAAAGUGUUAACACAGCAGCCAAGUAA